AUGGCGUCAAACGAUCCCUCGCGAUUUGACGACUCCGAGGACGAGGAGGACUUCAACCCUGCACCGGCCGACAUGCGCAACGCUUUCAUCGAUAUCGAAGCCGAGGUCGACGAUGAGGACGAAGGCGAGGAUGACGAAAAGGAAGGUGAAGAGAUAGAAGACUUCAUCGACAACGCUCACCCCGAUGACGUUGGCGAGAGUGCCGCCCUGGAUGACGACCGAAGACAUCGUGAGCUUGAUCGCCGCAGGGAGAUGGAGUCGAGCAUGGAUGCCGAGAAACAGGCUGAGAUCCUGCGCCAGCGCUACGGAAAUCGCCGCUCCGCCAAGGGCUUUGGCGAUUCGGCUGUUGUCCCCAAGCGCCUAUUGCUGCCUAGCGUUGAUGACCCUAGUAUCUGGGCCGUCAGGUGCAAGGAGGGAAAGGAGCGCGAGGUUGUCUUCUCUAUAAUGAAGCGAAUUGAGGAGAGUGCUGGCACCAAGGAGGAGGUUGCCAUAACUGCUGCCUUUGAGCGCGGCGGUGCUCAGUCCGUCAUGAAGGGUCUUAUCUACGUCGAGGCCCAGCGCUCGACCGAUGUCAUCAAGGCACUGGACAACAUGCUCAACGUAUACCCUCGUUCCAAGAUGGUUCUGGUUGACAUCAAGGAUAUGCCCGAGCUUCUCCGCGUCGUCAAGACGCCUACUCUGGAGCCUGGAGCCUGGGUUCGUCUCCGCCGCCCUCCCAAGCACAACGGUGACGUUGCCCAGGUUAUCGAUGUGACUGAGAAUGGUCUCGAGGCCAGAGUCAGGUUCAUUCCUCGUCUAGACUACGGCAUGCGCGAUGAGUCCCUUGGAGCUGCCGGCAAGAGAAAGCCCGGUGUGCCCGGCCCGCGCCCGCCACAGAGGCUGUUCAACGAAACCGAGGCCCGCAGACGCCACCCUCGCUUCAUCCAGGGAAAUCCCACAACUAACACGUGGACGUACAUGGGUGACGAGUUCGAGAACGGAUUCCAGGUCAAGGACAUCAAGAUCCAACAGCUCACAGUGACCGAUGUUAACCCAUCGCUCGAAGAGGUUACGCGGUUUGCUUCUGGUGCCGAGGACGGCACCGAGAACCUCGACCUCAAGGCGUUGGCGGCCAGUCUCAAGGACAGUGGCAAGCUCACGACCUACCUGGCAGGCGAUGCUAUUGAGGUGUACUCGGGCGAGCAAAAGGGCGUUGUUGGAAAGGCCAUCAACGUCCAGGGCGAUAUUGUCACUAUGUCGGUCACCGAGGGUGACCUGGUUGGACAGACCAUCGAGGUACCUACCAAGGGCCUUCGCAAGCGAUUCAGCGUCGGAGACCAUGUCAAGGUGAUUGGUGGCAGCAAGUUCCGCAACGAGGUUGGUACCGUGGUCAAGAUCUCCGAGGAUCGUGUCACGCUCCUGACGGACCAAACCAACACCGAGGUGACCGUCUUCAGCAAGGACCUGCGUGAGGCGAGCGACAUGGGUGGCCAGGGCUCUCUAGGUCAAUACGAGCUCCAUGACCUAGUCCAGCUCGACCCGACGACGGUGGGUUGCGUCGUUAAAGUGGACCGCGAGUCACUUGUGGUCCUAGACCAGCACGGCGACACGCGCCAGCUGAUGCCGUCACAAAUCUCCAACAAGCUUCCCAAGAGGAAGUUGGCUGUGGCCGCCGACCGCAGUGGGUCCGAGAUCCGUAUCGACGACGUGGUUAAGGAGGCAACAGGCCUCCAGCGUCAGGGUAAAAUCAUUCACAUCCACCGAUCGUACGUCUUCCUACACACCAACGACACAACGGAGAAUUCCGGUGUCUUUAUUACCAAGGCUAGUGUCGUCAACACAGUGGCGGCCAAGGGCGGGCGUGUCAAUGCGGCCUCAUCUGGACCGGACCUCGACUCGAUGAACCCAGCGCUCAAAAUUCAUAAGAACGGCGCCGAAAACAAGCCGGUACAGCCACCUAAGAGCUUCGGCAAGGACCGUGCCAUCGACCAAACUGUCAUCAUCAAGAAGGGUGCCUACAAAGGCCUGUUGGGUAUUGUCAAAGAUACAACCGACACACACGCCCGUGUCGAGCUUCACACAAAGAGCAAGACAAUUACCGUCGCCAAGGAUUUCCUCAACUACAAGGACAAGAAGACUGGUGCAACUAUUGAGUUAAACGGCAGGCGUGGCCCUGGCGGCCCUCCCCGCGGUAGUGCUUCCGGAGACCGCGUGCCCAGUUGGCAGUCUGGGUCCCGAACGCCCAUGGGCUCUGGAGGAUCGGACCGCGUGCCGGCUUGGGGUUCCCGAACACCUGCCGCUUCGAGCGGUCGCACUCCCGCCUGGAAGCAAGACUACUCGGGCUCGAGGACACCGGCGUGGGCUGACGGCUCGCGUACCGUCAACCCUUACGACGGUAGCCGCACUGCCUACGGCUCUGGGUCUCGUACCCCGGCGUGGCAAUCCGGCGCCAGGACCCCGGCUGCGGGUGAUACAUUCGGCGCGGGAUCGCGUACGCCUGCCUACUCCAGUGGCGACAACUGGGCUUCAGGAUCCAAAACGCCUGCCUGGGGCGCUUCUUCAGCUCCGACGCCCGGUGCCGGUGCUGGUGAUGGAUGGGGUUACACUCCCGGAGCCACAACAAGUGCCUUUGAUGCUCCCACGCCUGGCGCUGGACUUGGUCCCCCUAAUGGUGCCAUGAAUGCACCCACGCCCGGCGCCUUUGCCGCGCCCACACCCGGUGUGUCGGCGCCUACACCGGCAGGAGGCUGGCAGGGAGGAUGGGGUGCCGAUGUGGCGCCUACGCCGGGGGCUAGUGCCCCUACGCCCGGCGCCAGCGCUUACUACGGUGCUCCUACACCGGGAGCCUUUGGGACAGCCGAGACGCCGGCGGGCAGUGGACCCAGCUACACAGAUGAUGACUGA